AUGGAAUGUCCUGUCCGCAAAUAUCCCCUCCGACGCCCCGACGGCCAUAAGCCUCCCAUUCCUCGCUGGAGGGCCUGUUUCCUAGACACUAUAGACCAAGUAUUCACAGCCUAUGUCGGCAUCCAACAACACAACCAAGGCCACAACGCUGCUGCAUUUGAGAAAUGUCUCGCGUCCAUAGAACACUGGAUCUCUAAACCCAAUCAUGCACCUGCUUCCGUGGAACGAUUCCGAGUCCUCGACGGCCACGAUGCCCCGCAAUCUCGCGUGUUCGUGUGCUACUGGGCCGACAGGAUGAAGUACGAUGAUGCCAUUCACCAGCUGGAUCUAGCUGGCAUAUACCGAGCCAUCGAUCUACCGGACCAACAGCAAACGAUCGGUCUCUGGUGUGAGCGAUUCACGAGCCACGUCUCGCGUCUAGAGACCAACUACACCGGAACCGACUAUCUGCCCGGUCUGGCGAGGCUGCCGGACAUGGGAACUCAAGGACAUUCGUAUACGGGAUACUGGGGGGCGGCGAGAGACCGGAUCCCUGAUUCUGCAAAUGAUGCGUUUGAACCAGAGCAGGAUCAAGAUCAACCACAACACCAAGAUCAACAUCAAGACCAGGAUGAGAAUCAGAAUCAUGACAUCCACCCCACAACAUCUCCCCCAUCCUCGUUAGGAAAACGACUCAUCGGCACCAACAAAACCCAUAAUCUCGCACAUAUCCGGUCCGGCCAAUUCUGGAAACACUGUCCCGACGACGAGCGACGAUCCUACGAGGAAAACCUCGAACCGACCCUUCGAAAAGGCCUUGCUUAUCUAUGGCAGAACCCGAUCUCGACGGGGUCGAUGGCGCUACGGUAUCUUAUGAAUGUUCCCGCCCCUUCUCAUUCUCAUUCUCCUCCAUCUCCUGCAGCCCAGAGAUCUAGCAUUGACUCCGACGAAUCUUCAUCCUCUCCCUCUUCAUCUGAGGGUUCUAUAACCCAAAGCGACGAAUCCUGUGUCAUCGGCUUCUUCCGCAAUCUCUCCGACCUCGAGACGUGGGCGAAACGGCAUCCAUCGCAUCUAGCCAUCUACACGGGGGCGAUCCGUCAUGCGAAGACGUUUGGUGCAGAACGGCAGUUUCGCACGUGGCAUGAAGUGUCGGUGUUAGGGCGCGGGGAAGCGCAGUUUGAGUAUGUGAAUUGUUUAGAGGGGACAGGGGUGAUUAUGGGUAGUAGUAUUGGUGGUGGGUGUGUUUCUCUUGUUAAGGUGGAUUUGUGA